UCUAGAGACACAGUAGUGUAAAUUGCAGAUAACAAUAUCAGGAAAUCGACCAAAAUAAGAAUAAUCAUCAAUAAUCAGCUAGACUACUAUAUUUUCAGUUAAAAACAUCUACUCUAAAUUUACACCUUGCUGUCACAUGACCAAAAGUAAUCAUCCAAAAUGGCAGGGGCUGCAGAAAGAGCAUCAAAAUUACCAAAAAUAUUAGAUGAAGACAAGGAGUCCAAAUUUGGAUAUGUAUAUGCAGUAUCUGGACCAGUCGUUACAGCUCAGAGCAUGUCAGGCUCUGCUAUGUACGAGCUGGUACGUGUAGGACAUUCUGAACUGGUGGGUGAGAUUAUUAGGCUGGAGGGAGAUAUGGCCACCAUCCAGGUAUAUGAGGAUACCUCUGGCGUCACUGUUGGUGAUCCUGUCUUGAGAACAGGGAAACCACUCUCUGUGGAAUUAGGCCCUGGAAUUAUGGGCAGUAUUUUUGAUGGUAUCCAGAGACCUCUGAAGGAUAUUUGUGAUCUGACCCAGAGUAUAUACAUUCCUAAAGGUAUAAACACUCCCUCACUGGACAGAAACAUUAAGUGGGACUUUGAAACUCUCAAUGUCCAGGUUGGUAGUCACGUGACAGGUGGGGACAUCUAUGGAAUCGUCUAUGAAAAUACUCUCAUUAAACAUAAAAUCAUGCUACCUCCCAAAGCACAUGGGACAGUCACAUGGGUAGCAGAGCCAGGCAGUUAUGACGUCAAUGAUGUUGUUAUUGAAACAGAAUUUGAUGGUGAGAAAUCUAAAUAUACCAUGUUACAAGUGUGGCCUGUCCGACAGAUGAGGCCAGUGACCGACAAAAUGGCUGCUAAUUUCCCUUUGCUGACAGGUCAACGGGUGCUUGAUGCUCUUUUCCCUUGUGUACAGGGUGGGACAACAGCUAUACCUGGUGCUUUUGGCUGUGGAAAGACAGUCAUUUCUCAAUCCCUCUCCAAGUUCUCAAACAGUGAUGUUAUCAUAUACGUAGGGUGCGGUGAACGAGGAAAUGAGAUGGCUGAAGUACUCGGAGAUUUCCCUGAGUUAACAGUAGAGAUUGGUGGAAAUGUUGAAUCCAUUAUGAAACGUACAGCCCUUGUAGCAAAUACAUCAAACAUGCCUGUGGCAGCUAGGGAGGCUUCAAUCUAUACAGGUAUUACAUUGUCCGAAUAUUUCCGUGACAUGGGCUACAAUGUGUCUAUGAUGGCUGAUUCCACCUCACGUUGGGCAGAGGCCUUGAGAGAAAUCUCUGGUCGUCUCGCUGAAAUGCCCGCUGAUUCUGGCUACCCUGCAUACCUUGGGGCAAGAUUGGCAUCGUUCUACGAGCGUGCUGGUCGUGUGAAGUGCCUGGGUAAUCCAGAGAGAGAGGGCAGUGUUAGUAUUGUUGGAGCUGUGUCUCCACCUGGUGGUGAUUUCUCAGAUCCUGUGACAUCAGCAACUCUCAGUAUUGUUCAAGUGUUUUGGGGGUUGGACAAGAAAUUAGCGCAGAGAAAACAUUUUCCAUCUAUCAACUGGUUGAUUAGUUACAGUAAAUAUAUGAGAGCCUUGGAUGAAUACUACGAUAAAAACUUCCCAGAAUUUGUUGCCCUAAGAACAAAGGUGAAAGAAAUCCUACAAGAGGAAGAGGAUUUGUCUGAAAUUGUGCAAUUGGUAGGAAAAGGAUCCCUUGCAGAGUCUGAUAAAAUUACGCUGGAAGUUGCCAAAUUACUAAAGGAUGAUUUCCUCCAGCAGAAUGGCUACACCCCUUAUGACAGGUUCUGCCCAUUCUACAAGACUGUUGGUAUGUUGAAAAACAUGAUAAGUUUCUAUGAACAGGCAAGACAUAGCGUUGAGUCAACUGCGCAGAGCGACAAUAAGAUCACAUGGUCCAUCAUACGUGAAAACAUGGGAGAUACCAUGUACAAACUAAGCAGUAUGAAAUUCAAGGAUCCAGUUAAAGAUGGUGAGAAAAAGAUCAAACAAGACUUUGAUGAUUUAGCAGAGGAAAUGGCGUCAUCAUUCAGAAAUCUAGAAGAUUAAUAAUAAGCAUAUAAUAGAUUGGGAAAUAUAUCAGCACCACCUAUACUUCUAUAUUUAACUGAAACAGCUGUCUCAGAAUGCAACAUUUCAAAAUACAAAUAUUUAUUAAACAUUCCAUUACAGUUCUUGCACUUUAUUUUUGGAAUAAUAUAUCAAAUUGAAACCAAGAAUACCAAUCUAAUGUUAAUGCAAAUCAAUUCUCUACAUUUCUAAUUCCUGUGUGAAUAAGUAUGAUCAUGAUUUAAACACAAACAUCAAUGUAUUCAUUAUAAAAGUUACUUUGUGAAUUCUGGUAUGCACAAGAGUAACAAAUUGCAUUGUGAUAUAGUCGUAGGUUAAGCAUGAAUGUAAGAGACAAUGUUAUCUUCCAUGUAGGCCUUUAUGUGAUAGACAAUAGACAUUAUAUUAUAUCAGAAAAUUGACAGAAAACAGAUUAUUGACAUGUGCGAAUGUUGUUACAAAAUUGAGCUGCUUCAUGUAACAAAAAGAACAGAGUUUUGGUACCAUCUAGACCCCAUCA